AUAUCCAGCCCCUUCUCCACAGAGUCCACAUACCAGCAUGCACACAUCCUGAAGUGGAUUUUGGUCGCAGGAAACACUCUCAGAAAUUGCAAGUUAUUUUAUAACCACUGAGACCUUCAACAGCAGAGGAAACAUUUCAAAAGAAAACAUAAUGGCUGGACUUAAGUACAUGAGCGGUUUUGGGAAUGAGUUUUCUUCUGAAGAUCCACGUUGUCCUGGAUCCUUACCUGAGGGACAGAACAGCCCUCAAGUCUGUCCUUAUGGCCUCUAUGCUGAGCAGCUCUCUGGUUCUGCCUUCACCUGCCCACGUCCAUCCAACAAGAGAAGCUGGCUGUACCGAAUCAUCCCAUCUGUUAAACAUAAGCCUUUUACACCUGUGCCACGUGGGGAUCUAACAGAGAGCUGGGAUGAAGUUGAGCCUGAUCCUAACCAGCUACGAUGGAUGCCGUUUACCAUCCCUAAAUCUACAGAGAAGAAAGUAGACUUUGUGGCUGGUCUUCAUACCAUCUGCGGUGCAGGAGAUGCUAAAUCUCGGAAUGGCAUUGGCAUCCAUGUGUACAUGUGCAACACCUCCAUGGUUGACAGGUGCUUUAACAACUCCGAUGGAGACUUUCUGAUUGUUCCCCAGCAGGGUGAGAUCUUGAUCACUACAGAGUUUGGGAAGAUGAUGGUUGAGCCAAACGAGAUUUGUGUUAUACAGCAAGGGAUGCGAUUCAGUGUGGAUGUGUUUGGAGAAACCAGAGGCUACAUUCUGGAGGUGUAUGGAGCCCAUUUUGAGCUCCCUGACCUGGGACCUAUAGGAGCCAAUGGCCUAGCCAACCCAAGAGAUUUCCUGUGUCCAGUGGCAUGGUAUGAGGAUCGCAGUGUGACAACAGGCUACACCAUCAUCAACAAGUACCAGGGAAAACUGUUUGCCUGUCAACAGGAUUUCUCUCCAUUCAAUGUGGUUGCCUGGCACGGUAACUACACACCAUACAAGUACAAUCUGAAGAACUUCAUGGUCAUCAACUGUGUGGCCUUCGACCAUGCGGAUCCUUCUAUCUUUACUGUGCUGACUGCCAAAUCCACAAAACCAGGUGUGGCCAUUGCUGACUUUGUCAUCUUCCCUCCACGAUGGGGUGUAGCUGACCACACCUUCCGUCCACCAUACUAUCAUCGUAACUGCAUGAGUGAAUUCAUGGGUCUGAUCAAAGGCCACUAUGAAGCCAAAGAGGAGGGUUUCCAGCCAGGUGGGGCCAGCCUCCACAGCAUCAUGACCCCACAUGGCCCCGAUGCUGACUGCUUUGAAAAGAACAGCACAGCUGAGCUUAAACCUGAGAGAGUUGCUGAAGGAACCAUGGCUUUCAUGUUUGAGUCAUCCUUCAGUAUGGCAGUAACUAAAUGGGGCCUACAAACAUGCCAGAGGCUUGACAAGAGCUACUACCGGUGUUGGGAACAUCUCCGCAGCCACUUUAACCCCAACUGGAAGCCCAGCAAGCAGUAAAGAAGAAGAAAAAAAGAACACCCCUAAACAUUUGCAACUUGAAAGUAAUUUGGAUCUAAUUACCAAAACAUAUAUUUUCCAAAAUAAUCAAUUUUUUGUAUCAACCAGUAAUUUGGUAUCAGUAGUUCAUGGAUUUAUAAUUUCAUUAUGUGGACAAGAAAAGAACCAAACAAUCUAUGCUGCAUAAUAAAUGUUUUUGUUGCA